GGAACACGGUCGGCAGGUACAGCAUCUGGGCGAGGACCACAUUCGUCAGAGAUAACAAUCGGCAGAUAUGUAUGACUGUGAAAUUUGGUUCCAAGCCCAAAAUGGGCAUGAAUAAGUCAGGAGUCGACAACCUUGAUGGUCGUUCACGGAGGGCAUGACCGGCGUGCAUCUCCACACGCGCGGCGCCAAUUCCUGGCCCGGCCCUUCUGCUUGUGCUUCCUGCGUCUCUGACAGCUUGCGUGUCCUGAACCAAAUUUCACAGUCAUAAUAUGGAGAAAACAUGUCUGGGCGAGGACCACAUUCGUCACAAAGGGAAAAUCCAGGCCGUGUUCCUCUUGGUGGGCAGCAACACGCUUCUGGGCCUGCUCAGGAGUAUCUCCACGCAGCUUCUGGGCGCCUCCAAUCCGUAGGAGCGCCUCCAAUUUUCGGAGCGCCUGCGUCUGCAGCGCCGGCAGGCCGAGG